UCAGCAGCCAUGCAGUUGCAGGCCUCACAGCGCUUCUCUGUUACCCCAUCGUUCCCAGGCUAUGAAGCUCAAACAAAAAGGCGAAAGGCAAUCUCUGCGAUCCUUGUAUCACCACCAUCAAGGAAAUUGAUUCUAAACCUUGCUCCUCCAGUGAAGCCAUCGCCAGUUCUGCCUCCUGAACCCUCUUCGCCGCCAAUCGUUCCACCGAAGCCCAACUACACUCGCGACCUGAACCCAUUUCAGAGACUAGCUGCUUCUAUCCUAGACGCUGUGGAAACUUCUCUGAUUGUAGAGUCUGAGAAGAAACACCCUCUUCCCAAGACAAUUGACCCUAAAGUUCAAAUCGCCGGCAAUUUCGCUCCGGUAACGAGGGAAACUCCAGUGCAGCAUGAGCUCCACUUAACUAACGGUCGAAUCCCAGAUGGGCUUAACGGUUUUUACCUCCGUAACGGUGCCAACCCCAUGAUCGCACCAACUGGUGGACACCACCUUUUCGACGAUGACGGCAUGGUUCACGCUGUAUCAUUAAACAGUGAAACCAACAAAGCUACUUAUAGUUGCCGAUUCACUAGAACGAGUCGAAUCGUCCAAGAAUCGUCCAUCGGUAAGCCACUCUUUCCUAGGCCGAUCGGAGAGUUGCAUGGCCAUUCCGGCAUCGCACGGCUCAUGCUCUUUUACGCACGUGCCAUGGUGGGCGUCGUCAAUACCAGACACGGCGUCGGCGUCGCGAAUGCCGGUCUUAUCUACUUCAAUGGCCGCCUCCUUGCCAUGUCGGAAGAUGACCUACCUUACCACAUCAGAAUCACCGCCGACGGCGAUUUAGAUACUGUCGGCAGCUUUAACUUCUCCGGCCAGCUCAAUUCCCCCAUGAUUGCCCAUCCCAAGGUGGACCCCGCGACCGGUGAGCUCUUCUCUCUCAGCUACGACGUUGUCAAGAAACCUUACCUCAAGUGCUUCAAAAUUGACAAGAAUGGAAAGAAAUCACCCGACGUUGUCAUCUCCCUCAACCAACCAAUCAUGAUGCACGAUUUUGCCAUCACAGAGAAUUCCAUAAUCAUCCCUGAUCACCAAGUGGUUUUCAAGCUUACAGAGAUGAUUCAUGGCAGAUCUCCUGUUGUAUUCGACCGAAACAAAACCGCCCGGUUCGGUGUUCUACCGAAAUACGAUAACGACGAAUCGAGAAUUCGAUGGAUAGAUGUGCCUAAUUGCUUCUGCUUCCACCUAUGGAACGCCUGGGAAGAGAAUUCCGGUGACGGUGAUAACAUAAUUAGUGUUAUCGGGUCAUCCAUGACCCCUGCGGAUUCAAUUUUUGCAGAAACAGGGGAACCGCUACAAAGUGUGUUGGUAGAAAUCCGGUUGAACCUAACAACCAGCGAGUCGAACCGGAGGGAGAUCGUUCCCGGUUUGAACCUAGAAGUUGGGCAAGUGAACAAGAAUCUUUUAGGGCGGAAGACCAGGUAUGUUUACUUGGCUAUUGCGGAGCCAUGGCCGAAAUGUUCGGGUGUUGCGAAGGUUGAUUUGGUCACUGGAGAGGUGACGAAGUUUGUGUAUGGUGAGGGACGGUUCGGAGGUGAACCGUGUUUUGUUCAGGGUAAGAGUUUGAACCGGUUGGACCACGGUGAAGAGAGUGAAGAUGAUGGUUACCUGGUGAGUUAUGUUAGGGAUGAGAAGACUGAGAGGUCAGAGCUGGUGGUGGUUAAUGGUAAGACCAUGGAAGAAGAGGCUUCCUUGGGCUUGCCUGCGAGGGUUCCUUAUGGAUUCCAUGGGACUUUUGUUUCUUCAGAGGAGCUGGCUGAGCAGGAUCUUGGUCCAUAGAAUCAUAGUUUUUUAACUCUUUUUUUUUCUUUGUUAGGUUCCAUCCCUCUAAUCCAAAUUGCAAAUAUAGAACGGAUAGAGUGAUUUGUAAAAAUGUAUAGUUUUAAAUUUGUAUAGUUAAUGGAGGAUAUAUAUAUGUG